CAAAUAAUUUGAGCAACAACUUCUAGAAGGAAUGAAUACAGAAUGAAGAACAAAUACAUCAUGAAAUAUCCGGAAAUCAGUGCGCUGGAGAACGAGACGUUAAUGGAGUCAAGGAAGCAACUGAGGCUGGGAAGCAUCAACUCCCUGCAGCGGAGUGUCCGACAUGUUAAGAGAUACAACGUUCUUGUGGUCGGUGAAUCAAGGUUGGGCAAGACAACAAUCAUUCAACAACUACUACAAACCCAACGGAUCUCCAAGGCAAGGAGUUCCCCUGCCGACAAUAAAGUGGGACCAUUCGCAUGCAGAAAGGAGUCGAUAAUAGAGACAAUGUUGCUAAAGCACAAGCGAUCAAAGCUUGUUCUAUCUCUGAUAGAAACCCCGGGAUUCGGACCCAGCUCCAUGGGAACUGACUGCUGGCAGCCUGUGAUGGAUGAAAUAAAGGGUCGUAUCAGCAAGUACAUGUCGGAGGAGAACAGUAUCAACCGAAGGAUAGUGGUCGAUCACAGAAUACAUUGCUGUAUUUAUUUCUUGUCACCCUUCGCUUCUGGAUUGAGGCCAGUUGAUAUUGAGUUCAUGAAGACAACUUGCAAACUUGUCAACAUAAUCCCAGUGAUAGCUAAAGUCGACACCAUGACAACCCAAGAGUGCAAGAAGCUCAAAGUGAAGAUCAUUGAGGACUGCGAAAAGAACGAUAUUUCCAUUUUCAAUCCAGAACUGUUUGAUUUGCAGAAUGUGGAUGACACAGGUCCCUUUCAGAUAGCGCCCCCAUACUCCGUUAUCGGAGGAGACGCAGUUGUGUACAGCGAGUCCGGACAGAAGAUCGGGAGACAGUACCCUUGGGGAUUUGCAGAGGUCAAUAAUGAGGAACACUGCGAUUACAUCACCUUACAUGAUAUUCUACUCAAGACGUGUAUUGAAGAUUUUAUAGAGUACACAGACAAUGUUCUCUACGAGAACUACAGGAUGAACCACCUAAAAUCCCUGGACCUUAACUCUUCAAUCGACCUCAUCGACAAUAACUCUGUGUCUGAAGGCCCAGGGGAAAAAGAAGCACUCCUCCGAGAAAAACAAUACGAGUUAGAGAAGUUGAAGAGACAUAUCGAGCAGAUUAACAGAAGGAUGUCAGAUAAAGACUCACUGAUGGAGGUUUCCAGUUCAGACAGAGAUUCUAUUCUUUCUAGCACCAGCAGCGAUAAGAGUAUGGAAAAAGAUAACAUUUCUGUAAUCCCUGAAUCAACUCUCUGAGCAAGAAGUCUUGCCGAACAAUCGUCGAACAUUCACUGAAAGUUCACACUUCCAUUAGUUCAAGUUUGAGCUUUUGAGCUCUUCUCUGGUUGGACUCGAGUAUUGUGAUGUAUCCAAAAGGAGAGAAAAAUUAUCACGAUGGGCGGUUCUGAGCCAGUAUAGAUGCACUACUAGUCUGGUAACUAUGGUAACCACUACUCUGUGGUGGAUUUAUGAACGAAUUUGACACGCUAAUAAACAACGGUCGGGAUUGUUGUGGACUUGCAUUAUGGAACUGCACCGUGGACUCGCGUUGUGAAUUUGUACAGUGAACUUGCAUUGUGGACUUGCAUUGUGGAGCUGCACCGUGGACUUGCACCGUGGACUUGCACCGUGGUAUCGAAUCCAACAUACAAAUGACUCGAACUCAGGAAUCUCAUGGCAUAAAAGCUAUGGUUAUGAGAGUAUAGAUUGUAUUCAGUUGCAAUUUUGUAACUUCUGCUGACUUGAUUGAUUCAGUUAAAGUCUUCUUCCGUAGCUUUCAAUAAAGUAAAGUGGCUCUGUACGCUGUUGGACCUAUUGGGAUCAUGAACUUAUAAAAUAAGUAUAAGUUAUCAUCGAUCUGUGUAGCCGAAUACGAGUGGGCAAGGUUACAACUACGAUCUUCAAAUGAACUCUUGAAAUUUAACAACAUAUUUGUCAUUGAGACGAUUACAAUUUACAAGCUUUCUUCAAAUGUGACUACGAUGAAGCUAUGUGUGUCUCCACUUCAAUCUUUCAAUGAAUAAAAUUGAACUCGGAAAGUACGUUUCUCAAAAUAAAAAUGAUCUACUACGCUACAAUGCGUAUAUGAUAAAUUACUUAUGAGUAUGACCCAACCAUUCAUUACUGAUUUUUAUCCUUUUGAGAAACUGCUAUCCGAACUCUCUCUAGAACUGACAGUGAUUUUAAUUGUUAGUGUUAAAGUGAUAUUGCUGCUUACUAUUUGUGCACUCAUUUACUGAUUUUAAAAGCAUCGUAAUACUGUUUUAUCUUUUAGAAUUAGGUUAUUUAGGUUUUUGAUUUUGUUUUGUGUUUUUUUUAUAGUCCGACUUCUUUGAGCCCAGCUUAAGAAAUUAUUCCAGUUAUGUUAAGAGUACAAGCAGUGUAUCUGAUGCUUCGUUAAUCAUUUAACACUUCCUCUAAGACAAGGAAAAAGAAGUCGGAAUAGUUCAUUUCUAUUAAUAAUGAUUCAUAAUUUUUAAAAACAUAUGGAACUUGUGAUUUUAUCUGAAAGUUGAAAAACAUGGAUCCAAAACUUUUGAUUUCAAUUUGGGUAUACAGAAAGACCAAGAAACUUUUUUAUCAAAUAUUAUACGCGAUUAUAUUGAGCUUAUGAAGUUUUCUAGUUCUGUUCAUUUCAAUUUUAUAACACCCAA